UCUUCGUUCUCUCCGCCAUCUUCUCCUUUCUUAACUCCCCUCCCUCCCUAUCUCUUCUUUCGAUCUCACCUUCUUCUGGAGGGCUAGGGUUUUGGCUCUCUCCAUUCCAUUCCCUUUGGAUUGCCCUUCUUCUUCGAUCUCAGAGCUCCAGUGCCAUGGCGUCAAUCUCUGUUCCCUGCCCUAAGUGCUCCGUGGUCGCCCCGCAUGCCGCGUGGCGUCAGAAUCCGCAGCAAUCGCUGAUUCCAAUGGUCUCGCCUUCGAAGCCCGGGAGCCCUAUGGUCGCAAGAUCCGCUCGGUUUCCGUUGCUGAAGGGAUCUAAUCGGUGUCACUCCCUCAUUUUAAAGGCCCAGGUUCAGGAGGUUGGUGUUGAUGGCUCUUCAAGUUCUUCUGCAAGGACAUCAACCAAGUCAGGAAAUUUAUCAUCAAAAGAUAAAGAAGCUGAUGCUCUGAAGGAAUCUGCUAGCCAAACUGCUGCGCCAGAUUCCAUGAUUUCUGCAUAUAUUGCUGAAGCUUCCAAGCUUGUUAAGUUGGUGGAUUCAAAAGAUAUAACAGAGUUGCAGCUAAAACGGAAAGAUUUUGAACUUAUAAUAAGGAAAAAAGAAGCUCUGCCACAGCCAGCUCCUAUUGCUCCUCCUGUAAUGAUGCAAUCUGCACAAGCUGUGCUUCCACCUCAUUCUCCAGUUUCUUAUGCCACUCCACCUCCCACAACUGCAAGUCCAUCUCCAGCAGCCCCAGCACCAUCUCUUCCUCCUGUGACAAAGGGAGGGAGCAACUUAUCUCUUCCUCCUCUCAAAUGCCCCAUGGCUGGAACAUUUUACCGAUGCCCAGGACCCGGGGAACCACCAUUCGUGAAGGUUGGAGACAAGGUGCAAAAAGGGCAGGUUGUUUGCAUCAUAGAGGCUAUGAAAUUGAUGAAUGAGAUUGAGGCUGAUCAAUCAGGGACUGUAGUUGAGAUACUCGCAGAGGAUGGAAAACCAGUUAGCAUUGAUACGCCCUUACUUAUAAUUCAACCCUGAAGGAUGAAAUAUCAGUUUUGAACGCAGCUUAGGAGAAUUUACUAGCAAAUUAUCUUUCAUACUCGUCUAAUUUAUCAUCUGUCUUCUAUGGGUGGCAAGCAUUUAUUUCAUCUAGAAAAUAAAUCAUUGUGAUGGGUAAAGGAAGAUGGCGCAAGCUACAGGGAUAUAUUUUGUUACUUUUGGCCUGUCACACCGUGCUACUGUAUUGCGAUUUUCAGCGACUUCCUCUCUUUUGGAUGAAGUUCUUUCUUGGAACUUAGAAGGCUUGGAGAGAUGUUGUAAUUCUGGUUUUUUCCCCCAUCUUAGAUUAAGCAUGAUGCAUUAGUUAGAAUAUACAUUAUCAGUUCAUGAAAUCUAGUGUUGAGCCAUGAAGUGAAUAAGCAGGAUAGUGAUGUUCAAGAUAAAUGGUGUGCAGUGAGCUUAAAUUUUUAAAUAUCCAAUACAAAUGAGCAGUUGAUUACUUUC